AUGCUCAGGAUGAUGGGAUGGAAGAGCGGCGAGGGUCUUGGCAAACACGGUACUGGCAUCACGGCCCCGAUUAAAGCAGCUAGUGGUCGGAGCGACUUGGCAGGUCUCGGUUGUAAAGCACCACUUUUGACCUCCAUAGACUUCUCGGAUGCUACCUGUGAUAAAGAACGCCGACAAAAACUAGUUCGUGCGCGGUGCGAUGCCGACAAGACUGCGAUGCUCAUGGAGCAGGAGCCUUGA